AUUGAUAGGGUUGUAGCAGUUUUGACAGUCAAAUAUAUGCGUGAAGACAUGAAACCGUCAUGCAGCAGCUGUGUUUUAUUGCCAAGAACGGCACACGUGUAAAGUUGUAUUUACUAGUAUUUUAUUUAUUUAUUUUUCAAAUUGAAUAAAUGUUGCUUAGCCACAUAUUGAGCAGCUGCACAAAGGCAGUUAGCCUAAGAAAAUUGUUGCAAGCUGAAAUUAACCGGAAUAAUUUUUAUUUGCGUAAAAAAUCCUUCGCGGCUGCCAUGACUGAAGCACUCGACAAGCUGGAGCAGGAACGGGAGGCAAAGAAACUCAUGAAAGACGCGGAGAAUGCGUCUGUUAAAGAAGCUAAUCGUUUGAAACGCACUCUUAAACGAAAGAAGUGGGUGGACUGGAAGGCACAAGAUGAGGAGGAUGCUGCGAAUGGGAAAAAACGCCCUCCAUUCGAUCCCGCAGACCGCAUUAAGCGAAAGAAGAGUGUCAUUCUUUUGAGCUACUGCGGUGCUAACUACUAUGGAAUGCAACGCAAUCCGGGUAUGCAGACUAUUGAGGAAGAGCUUUUCAAGGCAAUGCUUAAGCACAAAUGGAUAACAGAAGACUCCUUCGACCAAGUACAAAUAGCUUGUUUUCAACGGGCCGCACGUACCGAUAAAGGUGUCUCGGCCGCUCGACAGGUGUGCUCUGUUAAAUUGCCCGAAGAACUGGAUCUACAAGCAUUCAAUAAAGAUUUACCAGAGCAAAUUCGUCUCUUUGGUGUGGAGCGUGUUACAAAAGGCUUUAAUGCCAAAGAUCAGUGUAAUGCACGCACGUACACAUACACACUGCCCACCAUAGCAUUUGCAGCUUUCGAGGAGGAGCAUGAACAAGAAACAUACCGCAUGACGAACGAGCUGCAUGAGAAAGUUAAUGCAACACUGAAACUCUAUGAGGGCACAAAGAACUUUCACAACUUUACCAGCAAGAAAAAUUUUUUAGAUCCGUCCGCGAAACGAUUUAUCAUGUCCUUCACAUGCAGUGCACCAUUCCUAGCUCCACAAUCCAUUGAGUUUGUCACAUUGAAGGUGAAGGGACAAAGCUUUAUGCUACACCAAAUACGUAAAAUGGUCGGUCUGGCCAUUGCCAUAGUUCGCGGCAAUACCACAAUUGCAACGCUGGAGCGUGCAUUGACCGAGGAGCGUCUGGACUUGCCAAUGGCACCGGGCUUGGGCCUCGUACUGGAUACUGUGCAUUAUGAACGUUACAAUGAUCGUUAUGGAAACGAUGGCAUCCACAAUCCAUUGACUUGGACGGCGCAAGAGCAGCAAGUCACCCAGUUCAUAGAGCAGUACAUCUACUCAAAUAUAUACAAAACGGAAGCUGAACAGCGAAACAUGCUUGAUUGGCUAAGUACUUUGCAUUACCACUCCUAUGACACGAGGCGGGACGACCCAGCAAAGAAGAAUAACGAGGGUGAUGAUGGAGAAGAAUAGCAAAACUGUUUAUUUAUAAGUUGACAAUACAAAACCAGUUGAUAGUGUUUAUGUAAUUGAUACAGAUUAAAAGCAAGUUAUUGGU